UUUGCACUUGCAGUGUGGGAGACGCUGUUCAGUGGCAGGGUCAGACUGCAUCCUCCAGAGACCAAAACACCAGGUUGUCAUUGACUGACUCUCCUUGCAUUUGUGAGGAUGUAAUGUUUAAUGGAUAGGUGCAACACAACAGAAAACAUGGGAGUGGACUUUUACCAAAACGAGUCGAGACCCAUUAAGCCUCCUGCAAUCCCGCCUAAAAAAACGUCUCUGUAUCAGACACCUAGAGACCCUGAAACUCCCAGCAAGCCUCUAGUCAACCCCAAGCCCUUUCCACAAUCACCAACAUCACUUACGUCAUCACCCACACCACAGUAUUUAUCUCCACAUCAAAGUGCUACUCAUGAUUCACCCAACACUUAUUAUGGUUCCGCGGAUUUGGACCAUCCUGUCUCCCCUCGCCCUGUUUCCCCCCGUCCUGUCUCACCUCGUCCUGUCUUCCCCCGCCCUGUCUUACCUCCCCCUGUCUGCCCACGGCCUGUCUCCCCCCACCCUGUCUCCCCUCACCCUGCCUGCCCCCCUGCCGUGCCCUCCAAGAGCAACAUCUACCUGCGCCCCAACGCUCUCACCUCGAGCGACACCAGCCAUGGCGGACGGGCUCCAUCUCCCGUUUCAUUCUCCAGCACUGAGAGGGAGUUAGGGCCCUCGCCCCAGACUGCCCUGAGGCCUCCGCAUUCACCAUCUGUGCCCAGGAGACCACCGGGGCCACACAGGACCCAAUCACAGAAGUCUGAGGGCUCUGUUGCCACGGAGAGCACCCUGACCUCCCCAUCUCCGAAGCCUCGUCCUUCCCCGAGAACCAGACGCAUCUCGGCAGGAACACAGAGCCCUACCUCAGCGACACCGCACACCUCACCUGAGGAAAUACCUCUACUAUCAGAGCAGGUGUCAAGAACGCACGUGACAUCCCAACAGCCUGUUGAGUACGACACACUGUGGUCAGAGAAUCAGACAGUCCCCACCCCACCUCCGAUCCCCCCAAAACUCAGGACCCUGGACAGACUGCCACUCACCCCCAUGACCCAGGACAAUUAUGAUAGACCCUCACGUCCAGAGCGCCCUUCCAGCAUACCCAGAUGCACUGUCUCUCAUGCUGACCAGCAUUAUCAAGCACCAGUGGGCUCACUGGACAACAACAGCAAUAACGUUAACACUACACAGAACGAACACUAUCAGGCCCCACGACCUGGUUGCCCUGCUCCUGAGGCCUCUGGAGACAGUGCUGUCUGUCACUGGAGUCCCAAUCCGGGCCCCAGAUUGGGCUACACGACUCAAAUGCCUGGCAGUCCAUCAGCAUCUCUAAAGCAGAAACCUGUGUUCCAGUUACCAUGCCAAUCUGCCAUUUACGAGACAACAGAGACACCCUCGGAGCUGCAAAAACAGUCGUCAGGUAAUGCUCCCGCCCGGCCACCACCACCAACCUUCUCACCCCCACCGCCUCCAACACCCUCUGCGACCUCUCCCUUCUUCAGUCCUCCUAUGGGAAGGAAGUCCGAGUACAGUAGGACCUAUCUGGAGGUGCUUCCCGGGGACUCUGGCUAUGAGGGCAGCAUACAAGGAACUAUUUAUAAGUCAGCGCCUCGACUUUCUGGGACACUGCCAACAUCCUCACCAGUGACACUGCCAAGAUCCUCAUCAGAGCCACUUUUUGAUAAGAGGGAGGUGGAGCAGGAACCACCCUAUCUGUCAAAAUGGAAGAUGAUGGGAAUGCACCUGGCACCUAUCUCACGCUACAGCAGACCUAUGACUGCAGGGGAAAAAAUCCAGUGGUUAAACCAGACAGCGCAACGGGCACACAAGAGUUUAACGUAUUUCCAGUCCAUGCUGCCCGGGCGCAGGACCACGCUUCGCUGGCACAUCUCAGAGCUCAGGGAAAUCGCAGGCAAACUAGAAAAGGCCAGCCAGAAGAACAAGAUGAUGGGCAUCGGGGGAGGCACGGGAGGUGCCGUCGGAGGGGUGACGGCCGUGGUGGGCAUUGCCCUGGCACCUGUCACCAUGGGGAUCUCGCUGAUUGCCACGGCGGUCGGGACAGGAGUGGCAGUGGCCGCUGGCGGCAUGGGCGCAAGUUCGGCAAUGAAGAAGAAGAAGAAUAAGGGCGCAGAGCGAAAAAAGAGCGAAGAGAUCAUGAAGAUGUACCGAGACCAGGUGAUCGAUUUGGAAGAGAGUUUGGCGAUGGCGCGAAGUGGCAUGGAAGAGCUCCGGCAACAUGACCUGACCGGUGCCAGUGAAGAGGCUGUGUGGAUGGCACACGUAGCAGAGGCGGCGAGUCGCUGCGGAAAGGCUGCCAGUGUCAAGACAACACUCACGGACGACAUCCUGAAGGAGUUUGAUGUUUUCCCAGACGUGUACUACUCCAUCAGUGACGGUGAAAAGCAGAAGAAGAGCACGGACAAGAUGUAUGCCUCAAAGGUCCGCACAGUGGCCGAGCAACUGCAGGAGGGACUGAAUUCGAUGAACUGUGCUUUGGAAACACUCUCACUGGCCAAAGCCAGUGUCUGAGAUGGGGGAACCACUUCUGUUGGCAACAGCAUGUGUGAGAUUUGGGGAAACAUUUUCAUUGGCCAUUGUAUGUUUAUUGUAUGCUAACAUAUAAAGAGGCAGAUUCCUGUUGGCCACAGCCAAGACUAUAGGCCUACAGAAAACUGACCAUUCUCACUUAGAGACAGAUCUGUGGACAGUUAUGCUGGCGAAACAAUUCUGCAUUGGUGCCGUUACAUAGUAAAACGUCAGCAGGGGUACAGUCACAGAGCCAUAUUUGUUGCUGGGGUAUCACUUCCAGGGGAAAGUCAUGGUGGGCCGAAUGCUUACACUUUCCUCGCUGUUACUAUAGAUUUACGUUCUAAGUUGCAACUCGUUUAUGAAGAUUGUGUGUGCAUUCCUUAUAGAUGACAAUUGUGGAGGGGUGAAUCGAUGUAAACAAGCCAGGUGAAAUCUUCUGAAAAAAUACUGUUAAUACUGUCUGACAUAUUCCUUUUGUUUACAUGCCAUUAUAUGAAACUGGCUAUACUGUCUGAAAUGGGGAAAUCCAUUUCAUUCUCAGACACGGGAAUUAUAUGUAUUUGUUUUGGGGCUUCUAUCCUAUGUCCACUUUUAUUAUGUGUUAGCCUUUCAAUGUUUUGAAGCAAGAAAUGUGUUCAUUUAGGUGCAAGGAAACAAGGUAGCCUACCUGGAAAGACAGAACCCUUUGUGUGUGUGUGUGUGUGUGUGUGUGUGUGUGUGUGUGUGUGUGUGUGUGUGUGUGUGUGUGUGUGUGUGUGUGUGUGUGUGUGUGUGUGUGUGUGUGUGUGUGUGUGUGUGCCUGUAUGUGUAAUGCAUGUAUGUUUGCCUAAUAAACUCUCCUAAAAAAUGC